AUGCUCAGCAAAUCACUCAGAGCUCUUAGAGUUGUUUCUCUUUAGCAGAGAUCCUUGACUCAAACCCAAGCCUACCUAUUUGGAGUACUGACCCCAGGCAAGUCAAGAUAGGAGAAGGACACAUUCGGCCCAAUUGAAGUACCAGGCGACAAGUAUUGGGGAGCUCAGACUCAAAGAUCUCUACAAAACUUCAAGAUCGGAGGAGAAAGAGAGAGAAUGCCAAUCCCAGUUGUCAGAGCUUUUGGUCUUCUCAAGAAGGCUGCUGCUCAGGCUAACAUGAGUUACGGUCUUGAGGAGAAAGUAGCAAAGGCUAUCAUUCAAGCUUCAGAUGAGGUUGCCCAAGGUAAAUUAGAUGAGCACUUCCCACUAGUCGUUUGGCAAACUGGCUCAGGCACUCAAUCAAAUAUGAAUGCAAACGAAGUCAUUGCCAACAGAGCAAUUGAGAUUCUUGGAGGGGAUCUUGGAUCAAAGCUUGUUCACCCAAAUGACCAUGUUAACAGAUCACAAUCAUCAAAUGAUAGCUUCCCAACAGUCAUGCAUGUUGCAACCGUAAUGGAAGUCAACCACAGACUGAUUCCUCACCUAAAGGAGUUGACAGCUUCUCUCAAGGCAAAGAGUGAAGAAUUCAAGGAUAUCAUUAAGAUUGGAAGAACUCACACUCAAGAUGCUACUCCAUUGACUUUAGGUUAAGAAUUCGGUGGAUAUGUUGCCCAACUAGAACAUGGUCUUAAGAGAAUUGAAGCAGCUCUUCCAGGUGUUCUGGAAAUUGCCCAAGGAGGUACUGCAGUUGGUACUGGACUUAACACCUAUAUUGGAUUUGCAGAGAAGGUGGCUGAGAACUUAAGCAAAGAAACUGGAUUCGAUUUCGUGACAGCUCCAAACAAGUUCGAAUCACUAGCUAGCAAAGAUGCUCUAGUUUAUCUUCAUGGUGCUCUUAACACUCUUGCAGCUUCAUUAAUGAAGAUCGCUAAUGAUAUUAGAUUCCUCGGAUCAGGGCCAAGAUGUGGUCUUGGUGAGUUGAGUCUUCCUGAAAACGAACCAGGUUCUUCAAUCAUGCCCGGCAAGGUCAACCCCACUCAAUGCGAAGCUAUGACUAUGGUUUGUGCUUAAGUUUUUGGCAAUUAAGUUGCAGUCACUGUUGGAGGUGCUAGUGGUCACUUCGAACUAAAUGUAUUCAAGCCUCUUAUCAUUAGAAACAUUCUCCACUCUGUCGCCCUACUUGGAGAUGCUUGUGACUCAUUCAACAAGAAUUGUGUAGUUGGAAUUGUUGCUAACAAAGAGAGAAUCAAUAAAUUACUUAACGAGAGUCUGAUGCUUGUCACUGCUCUUAAUCCCUACAUUGGGUAUGAUAAGGCUGCUGCUAUUGCCAAGAAGGCUCACAAGGAACACUCUACUCUCGAAGAGGCAGCACUUAAACUAGGCUACCUAACAAAAGAGCAAUUCAAGGAAUGGGUUAUUCCAGAGAACAUGCUUGGACCUGAGGAAUUCAAAAAAUGA